CACCGCAGGAAGCAAAGAAAGGGGUUUUUUAAUCACCAUAUGGGUUACCUUGUUCCUUUCCAUACAUGAUACCAGCCUUCGUAGAAAUCGAAACACAAAAAUCAUAACCCGUACACCCCGUAAAAAACAAAGAAAGGGGCAUUUUAACCACCAGAUGAAUUAUUCUGUUGUUUUCGCUGCUCACAACCCGAACAGUGAUCUAAGAGUCUAUGAGUCUGCUCAUAAAUAAUUUUAGCCCCACCAUCCCAACUAAUCCCAGCCCCAACCUUAUCAAUAACAACCUUAGUAUCUCCCUGAAUUCUAACAUUCUUGACCUGAGCAUCCGCACACCAUUGGAUAGCUUCUCACAAGGUCAUCAACUCCACCAGCACCGACUCCACCAACCCGGCAAAUAGCCUCCCAAACGCCACCACGACCGCCCCCGAACCAUUUUGAACCACUACACACCAAGCCAAAUGAGAAUCCCGAUAGACUGCACCAUCAAAAGAACACACCAUCUUAGCCAGAUUUUGCAACCCCGAGCCCCGAUCAUCACCCUUUAGUCACAUCCCCAUCCCCAUGUGGCUACGAAACCCCACCUCCAACCUCGGCACCCGCAGCCACUCCUCCACUAGCACAGAAAAUUGACGCACCAAACCAGUUGGAGAUGUUUCUGCCUUUUCCCUCCAUCCGGGCGGGUGGAAGCUGGAUUCAACGGCAUGGUACAUGGCGGCAUGGCUGGUGGGAAGCGAUGUUGCUUGUGACCAAGCGACAGUGGGGGUUUUCGGCUGCGGCGGAGGAGGAUACCAGAGGGAAAGAUCUGGGCUAGGGUUUGAAGACUAGAUCUUGGUUUGGGUCUUGGGUCUAGGCCCUAUUGGGUGUUGGACCUAGUUUGUUUGGGGCUGAUUAGUUUAGUUUUUUCAAAUCCGGUAGUAAUCUGAGUGUACUUUUCCGCGUGGGAUUUGACCCAAUUGCUUCUUUAAUGUACUAAUAGGGGUGUUAAAACGGUGUGGUUACCGUGGGCUUCAUUUUAACCGGUCGUAUUUGGAAAAUUUGGUUUGGUUAAUUUGGAUAAUGGUUUGGUUAAACAUUUUAGCUUGUUUGGUUUUGGUGGUUUGGUUUGGUUUCAGAUACUCUUAACCAAUCAAACCAAAUUAACUAGUUAAGUAAUUAUCCAUAUAUCUAAUAUAUAUUUUAUAUGCAUACUUAAUACUUUGCAUGACCACUCAAGAAUCAAACAUUCCUCCCUUUUUAGGCACACAAAAAAAUAAAGCUCAAUAUUGUUCCUAUAUUGUAUAUUUGUAUUUGUAGAGUGUAGACCAAAGCAUAUGGAAGACUAAUUUAGAUAAAACUCGUACAUUGUGUUGGAUGAAAACUAGAAAGGAUUGUUUUUUUCGGCCUAUGAUAAUUGUUAAGAGACUAAGUCAACUCACAAAAACACAAUAAUUCAUUAACCCCAGACCAUUGCAUAUAUUUUUGUUAGGUGAAUACUUCUAUUGAUUAUAAGAUAAUGGCAAAAUACACAUGUGCAGCCAAACUUUAACGGUUUAGCCAAAUAUAGCCACGUUUGGCGAAAUACCCAAAAUAGCCACUUCCGUCCAAUUGUUUGACGGUGUUAGUUAACGUGCUGACUGGACUAACGGAAAGGCUGGCGUGGAAACAUUUCGUAAAUAACAAUGCCACGUGGAUUUAAAUUUUAAAUACAAAAAUGAAAUAAAAAUGAAAAUCAAAAUUCACCUCUCUUCCUCAUCUACUCUGAUCCCAUCUUCUCCCCCUUAUCCCUGUACAAUUAAUCAAGAAUCCCCCAUUCACCGUCGGCCAAAAAACUCCAUCUCGUGAACUGGUUCCCUCUUCCUUCGAUUCCUUCCCUUCGAACUGAUUCCCACUUCCGUCGAUUCCCUCUUCCUUCGGCUCCUUCCCUUCGAACUGAUUCCCUCUUCCUUCGAUUCCUCCUCUUCAUCGUUGAAGUCUUCACUCCAUGAAGGAAUCCUAAGCCUCACCUUUCUCGAUCAAUUGGGCUAUGGCACCCGGGAUUCUGAUCAGAAGUUCCUUGUGUGGAGCCUGUUAUACCAAUGUCGUUAUCCAGGAAGAGAUUCUGGGCGAGAUCGGACAUUGGAAGAUCUAAGGGGAUUUCCAGAUCUGUUCCACCCGUCCUUCCCUCAAUGGCGAAGACUGACAAACUGGGCGAAGACCUGUGCUGGGCGACAAUCUGGCGAAGAUCCGACAAGCUAGGCGAAGACUGGCGCUAGACGAAGAUUGUGGAGAGGGCGGCGGAGAGAUCUAAUGAAUAAGGAUGACACGAAAUGGGAGUGACUGGUGAGGAGGCGGUGAGGGGACACUAUAGGUCUUAUCAUCCUUGGUAAGAUGCAAACGAUGAUGGAUUCUCCGUCAGAAAACAGAUCAUCUCUCAAUACCCUCAGAUUAAACAGCUCCUCGGCCAUUCCCCUCUUCUCUCUCGAUCUGUCUAGGGUGGUGUUCAGAUAUUGCACUCCAUUCCCUCUAUUCGAAUUGCAACCUCUGUCUUCUGGAUUCCUUCGUUCUCCAGUCCCCAGCCAAAUUUUAGCCUCUGCGAUUUAUCCAACGAUGAGAAACUUAGAUCAGGUGAUAGGAACUUGGAUUUCCGAUUGAAUUUUUCAAUUGGGUUUUCAGUAAAGUUUGUGCCUUUUUCCUUUUGGAAGAUUGCAGUGGUUGUAAACUUGUAAUCCUCCAUAUAUGGCGAGCAGUUCGGUGGACGAGGCCGGAAAAGAAAAUUUGAUUAUUUUAUUUUUAUGAUAUUUCAUUUAUUUCUAAAUUAAAGUAUGACAUUGCA